AUGCUUGAAAUAAUUUGUUUUGCAGUAACUUUUUUAUUUUCAAUCAUGAUUGACUCAAUUUUAAAUUUCCAUUUUUAUUUUUUAAACUAUAUUUUUCCGACGAUUGUAUUUAUAGUUUCCAUUAUAAUAAUUUACUUUAACUGGUCGUACAAUUAUUGGAAACACCACCAUUUACCAUUUAACCCACCAAUUUUUCCUUAUGGUAAUAUAAAAGAAAUCAUUAAUGAAGAAAAAACGUUUGGGCAAGCUGUUGGAGACGUUUACAAAAAAUUUAAAUCAAAAGGACACAUGCACGCGGGUUAUUUUCUUCUACACCAACCGAUUUAUGUUCCAAUUGAUUUAAAUGUGAUUAAGCACAUCCUUCAAAUCGAUUUUAAUCAUUUUAUGGACCACGGAACUUAUUACAACGAAAAACAAGAUCCAUUAAGCGCACAUUUGUUCUCGAUUGAAGGUGAAAAAUGGAAAAAUCUUCGAGUUAAACUCACGCCAACUUUUACCUCGGGUAAAAUGAAAAUGAUGUUUCCCAUUAUGGUAGAUAUUUCAGAAAAAUUAAUUCAAUCUGUUCAAAAUGGGGGUUUAAAUAAAGUCGAGGUUAAAUCGUUAGCGGUACGAUUUACAACUGAUAUUAUCGGUUGCUGUGCUUUUGGGAUUGAUUGUAACAGUUUGGAAGAUCCAAACGCGGAAUUUUGCGUUCAAGGAAAACGAGUUUUCACAAUGACUCGACUUGAAUGGUUAAGAUCAUUUAUUUGUUUUAUUUGUCCGAAUUUUUCGAGAUUUAUCGGAUUAAGAUUUUUACCGAAAGGACCAACAAGUUUCUUUUGGAACAUUAUUAAAAACAAUGCCGAACUUCGAGAAAAAACUGAAAUUAGAAGAAACGAUUUUUUCCAGCUAUUAUUAGAUUUGAAGAAUGGUGAUGAAAAGUUGAGUUUUCAAGAACUCGCCGCCCAAGCUUUUUUAUUCUUCGCCGCUGGUUACGAGACAUCUUCACUAACGCUUUCUUUAGCUUUGUAUGAACUGAGUAAAAAUGAGGAGGUCCAAAAUAAAUUAAGGGAAGAUGUUUUAAAUGUUAUUAAAAAAUAUGAUGGGGUGGUAACUUACGAAGGAUUAAAUGAAAUGGAAUAUUUAGAUAAAGUCGUUAAAGAAACUUUACGUAAAUAUCCUCCUCUUCCUUUACUUAAUCGAAUUUGUACUCAAGAUUACCACAUCCCCAAUUCACAAUUUCUCUUAAAAAAAGGUUUAAAAAUCUUUGUCCCCAUCGAAAAGAUUCAUUAUGAUCCCGAAUUUUAUCCAAAUCCCGAUAUAUUUGAUCCCGAUAGAUUUACAGAAGAAAACGUUAAUAAAAGACCUCAUUUCUCUUAUUUACCAUUCGGAGAAGGACCAAGAAUUUGUAUUGGGAUGAGAUUUGGAAUGAUGCAAACAAAAAUUGGUUUGGUAGGAUUAAUUAAAAAUUUUAAAAUGAGGACUAAUCCGGAUACUGAAAGUAUUCAAAUGAAUACAAGGCAUAUAUUAAAUAUUCCACUUAAACCUAUAUGGGUUGAUUUUGAAACUGUUUAAUUCUGUAAUAUUUUGAAUUUAAUAAAUAUAUUUUAAUUGUAAA